AUGGAUAGUGAACCUCGUAAAGAUCGAGUUGACAUCUAUAGUCACAUAGUAGUCACUCGAGUGGGAAACUCGAAAAGCUUCCAGAGCCUCUUCUCUACCAAUGUCGACGUAUGCAACAUUGUGAACGCGGCCAAGAUCAACCUGUUUAAUAAGUGGUACAAGAACCAGCUCAAUUACGGCAACUUCCUCCGCCAGUGUCCCUUGAAUGCCAGCCACUACUACCUGAGGGGCUGGCAGUUCGGGGAGGGCUUGGUGCCACCGUUCAUAACAAGUGGAUCGUACCGAUUGGAGACCUACAACUUUUUUGGAAAGUACAAGGGUAGAGCCGAGGACUUCAUAAUGAGUUGCACGGUCGAUGCUGUCAUACAUAUCUGA